UCUUGGUUAUAUAAGUCGUGAAAUUACAAUCACUCGGAGUUCUCUACCAAGUUUUCAACCUCGUUUUCACUCUUUAGUUGCCGCAGAAAGAAAAUGUUGAGCUCUAACCUCUAUAUGAGUUUAUUUGUUGUCGUCAUAUUUGCCGCUACAGCCCACUGUGACUGGAACCCGUGCCAGGGCCGUCGGGACGGGGACAUUGUCCAGAUCGGCUGCAGGUCCUACAGCGUGUGUGUCAGGGGCACGCCCACCGUCUACAACUGCACGGGGGAGUUUGUCUACGACAGGGACCUCAAGCGUUGUGUCAGAAUCUCAGAGAACAGGAACGCCUGCGGACAGCCUGCUGACUGUUCCGGCAAGCUGGACGGCUACUAUCCUGACGUGCUGUACGGCUGUUCUACCUUCUACGGCUGUACGUCACAGCAGUUUGUUGGUCGACUCUACUGCGACGCUAAUUUGGUGUACAACCAACAGGCUAACGCCUGCGGCUAUGCGUACCAAGUACCCCCACCCUGUGGCACCAAGAUCUAAUCCAACUGGCACCCAGAUCUAAUCCUGAUAGCCACUUGUUGAAGCUUUAUGUUCAAUUUAUUUCAUUGAUUAGUCUAGUUAUUGUCAAUGUAAUGUAGACUAGCUUUUGUCAAAGUAAUGUAGUCUAUCUGUUGUCAAUGUAAUGUAGACAAGCUGUUAUCAAUGUAAUGUAGACAAGCUGUUAUCAAUGUAGUCUAGUUAUUGUCAAUGUAACAUAGACUAGAUGUUAUCAAUGUAAUGUAGACUAGCUGUUAUCAAUGUAAUGUAGACAAGCUGUUAUCAAUGUAAUGUAGACAAGCUGUUAUCAAUGUAGUCUAGUUAUUGUCAAUGUAGGAUAGACUAGAUGUUAUCAAUGUAAUGUAGACUAGCUGUUGUCAAAGUAAUGUAGUCUAGCUGUUGUCAAUGUAGUCUAGUUAUUGUCAAUGUAACAUAGACUAGAUGUUAUCAAUGUAACAAAGACUAGAUGUUAUCAAUGUAACAUAGACUUUCUGUUAUCAAUGUAAUAUAAUUUGUUCACUCAGUGGUUUAUUUUAAUUAAUGAAAAUCCAAUUCUAUUUAAAACUAUUUCGGUAAUGUUGAGUCUAUUUUUAGAUAUUUGUUUUGCAAGUUUACAGGAAACUGUUAAAAUAUAUUAUUAUUUGUGGGAUUUUAAUCCAAAUAAAUAUUUGACAGAC